UCUAUCUUUUCCCUUUCCAACUCUCUCUCUCUCUCUCUCUCUCUCUCUAUAUAUAUAUAUAUAUAUAUAAAUUACCUCUUCACAUUCGAACCGACACCCAUUUUCCCUAACCACCAUGGAAGUGGAAGUGUUUGUACCACUUGAUUUCAACUUCGACAGCAACACUUCCUCUCCAUACAUCACCGCUCCUUCAAGCCCUCAACGUUUCGCCACCAAUUUCUUCUUCAGUGCCCCAACUAGCCCUUCUCGCGUUUCCCCUCUCUUCCCUCAACAAUCCUCUUUUCCUUCUCACAACAACACCUUUCCCAACGACGACGAUUUUGAAUUUGAUUUCAGCGGUAAUCUCCAAAGAGAAUCUCUCUCCGCCGCUGAUGAACUUUUCGAUGGCGGAAAGAUCCGUCCUUUGAAACCACCCACGAACGACAGACCAGUUUCUCCGAGGACGAGAAAGAAAAAAACGGUCGAAGAUCCUGAGAGAGAUUCAAACCCGUUUGAAGCUGCAAUCGAAGAAACGUUGAGAAGAGAAGAAGAAAAAAGAGGGAGACAAAGGGUUUCGUCUUCUUCUUCUUCUGGUCGGAAAGGAAGUAGGUCGUUGUCUCCUCUGAGAGUCUCCGACAUCAUUGUUGAUUCCGAUGAUAAAGAUAUUUCUGUUUCUGUUACUUCCUCUGCAAGUAACGUGAAAUCGUUCUUGUCGUUCACGAAAGGUUAUAGAAAAUGGAGAAUAAGAGAUUUUCUUCUGUUUAGGAGUGCUUCUGAGGGAAGAGCGAACGAAAAAGAUCCUUUGAGAAAAUACACGGCUCUAUCUAAAAAGAGUGCGGUGGUGGAAGAUGAUGUGAGUGUUAGGAACUCAAGUUUCCGGUCUACAGAGAGUUCCGGUUCAUUUUCGAGGCGGCGUGGACCGGUUUCGGCUCAUGAAUUGCAUUAUACGCUGAACCGGGCUGCUACUGAAGAGAUGAAGAAGAAAACUUUCUUGCCUUAUAAAAGGGGUUUGUUAGGAUGUCUCGGCUCUAAUCAUCAUAUGAAUCAGAUUUCUAAGGGAAUUGGCUCUUUCUCACGCUCUUAAUCAUUCAUCAUAAUCCAAUUUCUUAAUCCUCUUUCACACCUUCUUUUUUCAAUGCUUCUCUGUUGCCAAACAUCUUUUUCUCAUUUCUUCUUGUUGAGAUUGAAAUUUGUAUGAACAUAAUUAAAUGUACACCCUUGAUACACAAACAUAUAUUAAAGGUUCCUUACCUAGCCAAUUAUUUCAUUAUCAUAUAUAUUUCGCAAGUGAUUUUCAUC